GGUGUCGCGGCGGCGCUGGGCUCCGGAGCGGGCCGGGGUCAUGAGCGCCGCCCGGCCUCAGUUCAGCAUCGAUGACGCCUUCGAGCUGUCCCUGGAAGACGCGGGCCCUGGGCCGGAGUCCAGCGGGGUUGCCCGCUUCGGGCCGCUGCACUUCGAGCGCCGGGCCCGGUUCGAGGGGGCUGACGAGGACAAGCAGUCCCGGCUGCGCUACCAGAACCUGGAGAACAAUGAGGAUGGAGCCCAGGCCUCUCCGGAGCCAGAUGGAGGAGUCAGCACCAGUCCCCUCUCAGAGCCCACUAUCCUGCAGGGGCCAGGCAUCGUCCCUGCACCAUUCCAUGCACUUCAUCAUGACUCCUGUCUGGAAGGGACUUUUUGCCUCCCUACUGCCCCUCACUGGACCACCUGUCCUGCAGAGAUUCUAGCCGAACAUCCAUCCGCACCUCCCAGUGGUCCUUUAGCACCAUCAGCAGCAACACCCAGGGCUCCUACAAUGCCUGUUGCAGUACUGAUCCUGGUCGGCGUGGGACUGGAAGUGGCCCCCUCUCCAGGUGUCUCCAGCGCCGUCUUCUUCGUGCCGGGCUUCCUGUUGCUGGUCCCGGGAGUCUACCACGUGAUCUUCAUCUACUGCGCCGUCAAGGGCCGCCGGGGCUUCCACUUCUUCUACCUGCCCUACUUCGAGAAGUGAACUGCCGCCGCGACGGCCGGGCCCUCAUCGCAGGACCCUCGAAACCCCCAGCUCCGCCGGGAGUUUGCUCAGGAAGUUUGGG